AUGAGUGGAAACUAUGAAGCUCGUGUGAAUAGUGCUGAGCUUGAUGAAAAUCAAGCUGAGGACUCCUACUUCGCAGAUCUGGGGAAUUUUAGCGACGUUGAAAACGGUAACGAUGAUGAAGACUUCCUUGACAUUUAUAACCUUACACCGAAAGAACGAUUGUUACAUCACUUCAAGAAGACUUUGCAUGGGUUUACUACUCGUUGUGCUGGACUUCCCCUAUGGCAGCGGGCAGUUCUUGUGGUUAUUGCAGGAUGUAUAGGGAUUCUGGCAAUACUGAUGCUCAUAUUCCAUAACUCAAUUCUACACAAGGUCGUCGAGAUGUCCGAUGAUCUUAAAGGCAAGAAUACUACAUGGCUUGUACUGAUUUUGCUGAUCUUUUUAGUCGGUUUCCCACCAAUGAUCGGAUUCUCGCUGCUGGCGACUUGUACGGGACUAAUUUAUGGCGUGAGCUUGCAAGGGUGGUCCAUCCUAGCAUUUGGGGCCGUUAUAGGUUCUGUGGCAUCUUUUUGCCUUUUCAAGACACUAUUGCAUUCACAAGCAGAGAAGCUAGUUCACUCUAACCGCCGAUUUGAAGCCUUUGCUGCGAUCUUACAGGAAAAUAACAGUUACUGGGUUCUAGCACUUAUAAGGCUCUGUCCUUUCCCUUACUCGUUGACAAAUGGAGCUAUAGCUGCAGUUUAUGGCAUAUCUGUACGCAACUUCUCCAUUGCUCAGCUGAUCACAACCCCCAAAUUGUUCGUUUACCUAUUCAUCGGCUCUAGGAUAAGGAAUAUGGGUGAAACCGAUUCAACGGGUUCCAGGUUCUUCGAUCUCGUAAGUAUUGUCAUAACAAUGAUGGUCUUUACAGUUACUGCUUGGAUCUUAUACGCAAAAACCCAGCGAAAGUUUGCUGAAAUCUCACACAGAGAAAGACAGUUGAAUCCUGAUAACGAUCCAGUCUUUGAUCCCUCCUUCGAAGUCUAG